AUGAAAUUUACGAGGUAUCGGAGCGCGCGAUUUUUUAUUCAUCAAGUACAGACGACAUGUGUGGGGGUGCAUGAUUAUUAACUCCAGUUUUGCGCGCGCAUUGAUGACUAUCUACAAUUCUCGAUGUUGCUUUAACGUACAUUACCGUGAUAACUCCACCGACGUCCAUUAAAUCAUGUUAACUCGGGAUGCCAAAGUGCAUUAGAAAGUGAUAUUUUUUAUUUAAUUGUUGGCCGGUGGGAGAAUUUGAUUUGGAGCAAAUUGAAAAGGGUUCAGUUUCGAAGCAGAAUAGAAUGGGUAUACAUACAGGAUUUAUUGCUUGCACGAUCGGACUGUCCCUGGCCUUCCUCACAUUAAAUGGUAUUCAUGUAGACGGUGGCCAAACAAAGGAUGUAGGAUGCGACUUGAAGAAAGACCCUGAGGGAUGUGAACAGGAAUCGUGUUCAUCAUUGGUUCCUUCAUCGUGCAUCAACGGGGAGUGUCGAGACGGUGUGUGCCACUGUAACCCCUGCUGGGAUGGGUCAAAGUGCGACAGAUACGUCAACAAACACGCUCCCAUUCUCCAGUCAAUAGCCGACAUAGCCAUCCCUCGCAGCCACCUCACCAAUCCAUCAUGGCGAACAAGCGUGCUUGGUUACGCCAUAGCAACAGAUGACGAUCGUGACGUUCGCUGCCGUGGCACGAUCAAAUGCACAUGCGCAGAUCUUGUUUACUCCGUCCACGAGAGAGAAGGGAAAGAGAGUGAUCUUUUCAAGAUCGAUGCCGAUGGCUCCCUUCACGUACGUCAAGAUCAGACGCGGGAAUUCUCCGAUAAAUACCUGCUUACGAUUAGGGUGUCGAACCCUGACGAUCCGCGAUAUUCCGAACAGCAUUUUCGAGUGUUGGUGCUCGAUGUCGACAACGACAUGGACGAUGAUGAGGAUGAGAUACAUCAUCGAUUUCGACGAGCUGAAGUUGCUGAUGCGGAUCUAACCGAAGUCAAUGAGAACAACACGAUUGAAUUCACACUGGCCCCUGUCUCCGUGGAGGCUAACGGAACCAAACUCGAGGCCGGCAUCAAAGUCAUCUUCAGUCUCACAAUGGAUAUCCCUUGGGGUACCUACGCUGAGGACGUCAAGGUUGAACUCUAUGCCGAGGAAGGUAAUUUCACCUUCGGUAUCCUCUGCCCUCCCAGCGUGACGCAGGCGGGAUCAAACAUCGCCUACGAGACGGCCACACCGUCCUACGAUUACGACGCCGAUAACCCUUUCAUGGCUACAGGUGCGUACCUCAGUCUGGGCAGGGUGACCAACAAUAAUGCCAGCAUUGUCGAAGGGACGUCGUCGAUCACCAUCGAGUUCUCCUUGACCGUCCUCAACGACAGCCGUGCCGGGUUCAGUGACUCCGAGCUUCGUUGGAUCACAGCCGGCGUGGAGUUUGCCAAUGGGGUGUUACUAUGGGUGGGACAGUUGGGUUAUUACCUCCAAGCCGCAACCACCAAUGAAUACGAUCCGAGUACAGUCACCAUAACCCCAGCAAACCCCAGCAUCAACAAAUUAGACUUCGGUGUCUUCACGCUCUCUAUGAAUAUUUAUGACAUGACAAGUGACGUCACUGUUCGGGUUUUCGGUAGCCCAGACAAAGAGGGCGUUGCAAGCAUCUGUGGUAUAGGUGUGCGCUCUUACGGCAACGGGUUUUGCCUUCAGAACGAGGACGUCGUCGCUUCGUACGUCGCCGACGAUGUUUAUAAAAACAACAAGGAAGCCACCUUUCCAUUUAACUCCAUCAUCAACGGAGGAGCGUUGAAUGAUGCAGUCGAUAGCGAAAUUACCAUGGAUGUCAUCGUACGAUUGCCUAGCAACGACCAAGCCAUCGUUAGCACCAGUUAUCCAGUCGGUAUAUCCGUCCUUAUCAAUGAUAUCGAAACGAAUGCUUCGACUACCUUCACGGCAGCUGCUGAGGAUAGUACGAUCACGACUGGCGGUACAUUUGUCAUCAACUCUGCGACUGCUCAAGUGAGUGACGUAAUUGCGGGCGGUUCGUUCCCAGUCCGCGUCAGGCUCACGAUCCCAACCGGCAAGUACGACCUGACACUGGAGGCCGCUAUCACAUCACCAGCGGGAUCGUCGUCCCCGUCAAUGUGUCGUACGACCGUCUAUUCGUCCGGCUACAACCUUCCCUGUAUCUCUUCGACGUGCCCCGACUGUUCCAACGACAUCACGGCGAUGAAUGGAGCUGUGACGACGUCUUUGAACCUUGGCAUGAUCAAGAAUGAGAAUUUGCGAGCGGAUUCAAGCAAUAACAAGGCGACGUUCGAUGUGUGGGUUGGGAUUCCAUCCAGCGUCGCGAUCGGCCCGGUCGACGUCGAGUUUACGCUGAAGUCCUCGACCGUGGUGGUGGGGAGUCCGGAGAGUGCCUCGGUGAACGUCAUCAGCACUAUUCCAGCUGAUCAGGAUGGUAAAAGUCUGACUUUCACUUCAAGUCUUUUAUGUGCCAAUUCUUGUACUCUGGCAAACGGAGCCGUGGGCACACUCAGAGUUACCGUCGCUGUCCCUACUAUGAGCACCUUUUCCAAUAUCAGAUUCGCGGUCACGUCCCAGGUCAUCGGUGAUGUCGAACGCGUCGGGCUCUGUGACGCCAAGAUCAGCAGCGCGGCGAUCGAGCUGGGAUGCCUUCCGUAUACGACGGACAGCAUUGAGGAGACAAAGACCUCGGCGGCUGGAUCAUCAUUAAUCGACGAAACUCUCACGUUCGAAACCGGCAUCGUCUCGAACCUAGACCAGAAUAUCACCGGGGAGUUCAUUGUCGACAUCCUCUUUCGUCGCAUGGUCGUCGAUUUGGUUGACGUGGAUGCCGCACGGACUAUCGACCUGAAUGUGUACGUCAAUGAUGAGGCGAGUGCUUCCCACACGUUCCAGGCCUCGGUGGUUGGAACCGAAGAUUUGUCCACAUGGGAUGCCACACCGCCGACCGACCCCGUCUCCAUUGUCUCGUCUGUGACGUCACCUAACGACGGUGCUGUUGCACCCGGCACCCUAGCAACCGUCAAUAUCACCCUUACGAUGGAGGCGGCCACCAGCUACGCGUACUCUGUCGACGUCGACGUUAAUUCUAAUACGCUGAACAUCAUAUCCUUAGAAGGCGAUGUUGGUGGCUCCGAUAUACCAUGCGGUGAUCCAGUCUUCACGGAUGCGACGUUGACGUCGCUCAAUGAUGAAAAGACGAAACAGCAGGCGACGCUCGACCUGGGAGUCGUCAGCGCUUCAAUGACGUCAUCUUCAUCACUGAGCCUGAGUUUGCUGGUGCAGCUGAGUGGGGAUCGGGCCCUGGUUGCUGAUGGGUCACAGCAUCCUAUAAAUGUGGUCGUCAAAUCGCAGUCUGAUACGACACUCGACACUGAAAUCAUCAACAUCGGUGCCGACUAUGCCGCGGCCGCAGCGCUGACGGCUGUCUUGCCGACAUCGCACACGGUAGUGUAUGAUACGGUUACAUCACAGGAAAUCGAGAUCGGAAAAGAGUCUUCGUUCACCCAAUCGAUAACGUUGAGCAGCGGCACAACGCUGGGAUAUAGAUUGGUAUUCGUCUCGAAUGUGACAUGGUUCGAGUUUACCGAGAUCACCCUAGGAACGAUCGGGGCAGAUUUAGGGGGAUUUACCGCGCCUGAUCUCAGUCCUGAUCCCGCUCUACCACAAACAUCAUUGACAGCUGAUCUUGGUUUUAUUGCUUGUUUAGGAUCUGACUGUCAGAUCGAGUUUUACGUGACGGUUAAAGCGCGCAAUGAUUCCGGAGCGAUGCACGGUGAUGUGGUUCAGAUGGAUGCCAAUGUAAAUGUCUACACAGGAGAUAGUACCGAGUCGCAAGACGUUCAGAACCUCAUAUUUUACGCCAUCAAUUCAACUUUUAUCAGGAAUUACACGAGUACCUUUGAUCUGACCUGCCCUGAUUCAGCCACAACCAUGACACCAGGCGAGAGGGCGAUGUGCAACAUUACCAUCGAUGUCAUUGACCAGGACGUUGAAUCGGAGGUGGAGGUCGUCACGACGCUCAACAUCUCCUACGUCGGCAUGGUGGUGAGGAGCUUAGCCGUCGUCGAAGUCGGUAGCAACAUCGUGAGCGACCUCGGGAAUCUGCUGUCCCAGACACCGAUCUUCACCAGUCAUGUCAAUGAAAACAGCACCCAGAAGGAUCGCGUCAAGCUCUCCCUAGGGCGUCUGCAUAAUAACGAUAUCGACAACGCGGCUGCAAACGACCCGGAUCACCAGAUCGUCAUCGGUGUCGAGAUACAGCUUACGGAUUCGGAGGAAGUGGUAGAAGGGUCUCAGCAUAUACUCUCAGCGGGGGUGGCCUUUGAUGCGGCUUAUGUAUGGGUCUCGAACAUGUAUAUCGAGGCCAGUCGAAGCGGCACCGAGCAACCCGACCUCUCGAUCACCUACAGCAUGAUGGGGGAUACGUCAAAUCUUGUAGCCGGCGAAACAGUGACGUACAGAAUAGGGUUGAACCACUCAGACGUGUCUUCAGCCGAGUGCAACAACGUUGAACUUCGUUUGUUGCUCCCACCAUACAUAGACUACCAAUCAAUAAUAGAAGAUGGUGCACAUGAUGUCAGUUACCCUAUCGCUAUUGACGCUUCAGCUGGGUUGACAUUUCAACUGACAAAGGUUUACUUUACCGACAUCAUCGCAUUCGAUGUUGCAUGUACAAUCAGUUCAAGCUACGCAUUCAAGGGGAAAACGAGUUGGAGCGCGAGCUCGCCUCUUCAAAUCUCAUACAGUACGUUUGACCGAAGCGGUGUCAGCAUCACCGAUGGUCCCACGGUCAUCGCAUUCGAAGAGGCCACAUACUCGCUUACGGCUUCGUCACCGGUCUCGACCAGUUCUCUCCCGACUGCUGUAUGUGCCUCACCCGUGGCUCUGGGUGUCAGAGACAGGAUGGUGGUAAAGGACUGUCAGAUACAAGCUUCUUCAGAACCAAACCCAGAGGCUGCAGCCGCAAAUGCUCGUCUUAAUGGAGUUGGUUGGAAAACUGAAGCCCGAGCAGGAGAUUAUCUCUACGAUCGUUUCCUCAAAAUCGAUUUGGGACGCAGGGUGGCGUUAUCGCGUCUGGAUACGCAAGGAGGAGCAAGAGCCGCCACCGCAACCGAGGUCGCAUUCGAAGGCGACAUCGGAAAGUUCGAAGUUCUCUACAGCACCGAUGAUGUGGUCUACCGGAGAGCACUGGCUACCGACGGCACGUUCGAGUUUGACCAUUCGUCAUCUUCAACACCGGAUUAUAAUCGAAUAUCUGAGCACCAUCUUCAGUCGCCGGUCGAAGCUCGUUACGUCAUCAUUCGUCUCACCGAGUACGACUUCACCAAUGCGGGUCACCUCUAUAAUGUACUCCGAACCGAGUUAUACGGCUGUGGCCUGCAGGCCAUACAAACUGAUGUUUGCAAGGAGACGACAGUGUCCCCCUCUCUGGAUGACACUCGCGGUGUAUUAAUCCAUAGCACUGAUCAGGAUGCCUUCAUCUGCGACACAAAGACUCGCAGAAAGAGCGGCCUGCAGAGGGAUCUUGACAGUCAGACACUUGUCAUUAACAAUAAACUCCCAGACACUGUUUGUAGCAUCAAGAGAGCCGCCCCUUCAUCUCAGUGGUCAGUCUUACCCGACCAAGUGCGACAAGUGAUCGGUUACGCUGCGGCAGACGACACCCUCUACGCCAUAGGGCGCGAUUCGUCGGCCGUAUACUACAUGAAGAGUACAGAUGACGGGUUGUCUUGGACACCCAUUCCUCCCAGUGAGUGGCAGGCGGCCGUUAUCACAACGAACGUAACCAAAGUGCCCCUGGAGUCUGCAGACGAUCCUAUCUUCAGUACGAUUUUAUCCGCGGAUCCCGACCAGUUAGUUCGCUUUGAUGGUAUUUACUCUGAUGAUGGCACCACCCAAACCAAAUGGGUUGGGUGGAACCAGUGUUGUCAGAAGGACUGCUAUCUGGAGGGCAACACCAUCUGUUAGUCGAGAGACUAUGGACACAUCAUCAUCUACAGACAUCAUCACAUCAAUGUCUUAAAAUCUACAUCUACCAUUUCUUACCCUUGUCUGCAUCUUGUAUUUCAAUUAUAUAUCAGAUCUCGUGCUGUGCCAGAGAAUUUUGUGAGAAGCAGCAAGUCUCAUUAAAUAAUUUAUGUUGGUUAGUUUUUUAAGAGUUCCUAAAAUGUCUGAGGUAUAUAAUUUGAUAUCUUCCCUGUAUGUGUAUACAAUGCUAUAAAUGGUGGAUUUUUCAACUACAUACAUGUUUAGGGGGGUAUACAGAACGUAAAUGCCCUAAUAAUGGCAAGAUAAAUACAUUAUGCCUGGAUGAUGAGCAGCAUCAGUCAGUAUGUGAUACAUCUGCAGGACGGGACUUAUAUUUUUAGUGCAAUAAAGAAGUACCAUAUGGUACCACCCUCUUAUGCAUCUUUAUUUUAGCUUCAAUGUGCAUUGGUAAGUGACUGUAUGAAAGCACAGAUAUGUUUCAACCCUUUUAUUCUCACAUUCAACAUUAAAAUGAAAUUGUGUUUGCGGUAAGAAGAGACUUUGUAAAUAUGCUAAAUACACUAGAAAGCCAAAUGAUCAAGUACCAACUUGGCUUCAAAGCUGUUGUAUUCUUUGUUGUAUUUUAAUGGCCAGAUGAACUUUGUGUUCUUUACAAAAAGAUUCAUUAGUUUUUGUUUUUUAAUGUGUUACAUCAUUGUUUUUAUUUUGACUCAAGUAUCUACGUUUUGAAUACAGUGACACUAUAGGGCAGUAUGUAUAUCAACCAUUCUAAAUGGCAGAGUACAGAAUGUCACAAAAUCACAGCUAUAUUUUUAGAAACAGAGAAAAUGCAUACAUAGUGUUCCAGCUGUAAUAUAUGUACAUAAUUGUAAGAUUAGCUUUAAUAUCUGAUAACAAAAUGGUAGAAACAUUAAGACAUUUUCAUCAAACUGUGACACUGAAUAAAAACAAUCAAAUGGACACGGUCUUGCAAAGAGUUUGGCAUUUUAUUUACAAAUAGUGCUGAGCAUAUAAAGUAUAUAUGUAUAUAAACAUCUAUCAGACUUCGAGCCAAGUUAACACAUUAUGUUUAAGAUGAACAAAAACACAUAAAAAGAGUAAAAAGCAUAUAGAUUAAAUCAUGAUAAGAUAAUUAUUAAAGAUGUGUAUAGAGAUUGGUUGGAAUAGAAUUGUACAUAUUGUUGUUUGUAUGUAAAUCCAAUGUAGACUGAUAUGUACCACUGUCUUUCAUUCUACCUAUUUGAUUACAACACCUUGGAAUUAUGUCUUUCAAUUUUUUAGAUAAUAUUCUAAAAGAUCUUUCAAAUGGAAUUUAGAAGGGACAAAAAAGAAAGAUGGAACAAAA